CGAAAAUAUAGUGGCACAAAGAGCUGCCGGCACAGCAUUGUCGCCAUCAAUCGACGGUGCUGGCACGCUUUGUCGCAGUAAUCGAUGCAACUCGUCAUCGCAGCGAUGCUCCUGCGUCAUGCGGCAGCCUUUCGGCCACGUGCAAGCGUACGCCAGCGCCUGACGACGCAGCUGCGCGCGGCCACGACGUCGCUGCGCUUCGACGCCAAGCAGACGAGUGCGGACACCACGGUCUACGUCGGCCGCAAGGACCGGCUCCUCGCAUUGAACAAUGACGCGCUGCCGGCCGUGUGGCAGCCGCUCGUCGAGAGCUGCUCGCCGGGCGAUGCCGGCAAGAGCGCCCGGACGGCGAUGCCCAAGGGCGACGGCCUCGAGACCGUCGUGGCGGCGGUGCUGCCCGAGCACUGCUCGCGGCACAACUCGCCCCUCCGGCCGCGCGCCCUCACGUCGCUCGUCGGCGGCGCGUGCGGCAGCAAAGAUGCUGCCGUCGUCGUGCUUCUCGAGGACGGGUCGACGCCUGCCGCCGCCGCCGCCGCCGUCGCCAAGGCCUUUCCCAUUUAUACGAACAAGAAGGCAAGUGACGAGGACGAGGACGAGGAUAGGACCGUCACGGUCUCCUUCGAGCCGCCCGUGGCGGACGCAGCGACCCUCAACGCCUGCGCCGUCGCCGCGGACGCCGUCCGACUCGCGCAGCGCAUCCACGACGCUCCACCCAACGAGAUGGGGCCGACUCAAUUAGUCGCCGAGGCAGAGGCAGUGGCGUCGAGAGGCGACGGCAUCUCCAUCACAAAGAUCGUGGGCGAGGAGCUACGCGAGAAAGGGUACGGUGGCGUUUAUGGCGUCGGCAAGGGCGCGAAGGAGCCGCCGGCAUUGGUUGUCCUCACGAAGACCUUUGAUCGGGAGGGUCCCGCCGCGGCGCUCGUCGGCAAGACUAUUUGUUUUGACACGGGCGGGUUGAGCCUCAAGAUUUCUGGAGGUAUGGUGGGCAUGAAGGCCGAUUUGGGGGGUGGCGCGGCGUGCCUGGCCGGCUUCGAAGCGGCCUGCGCGUUGGGCGGCGGCGAACUGAGCGCGUUGCACUGCGUGUUAUGUAUCGCGGAGAACGCGAUCGGUAACGAUGCUUUACGAUGCGAUGAUAUAAUCAAGUUCUUCGGGGGGCGCACUUGCGAGAUCAACAACACCGACGCUGAAGGGAGAUUGGUCCUCGCGGACGGCGUCGCGCACGCCACCGCACCUAACGUGCUCCCGGGGAAGCGCGUCGAUAUUGUUGUGGAUAUGGCCACAUUAACAGGAGCGCAGAUGGUGCGUCGAUGGCGUGGAACCUCAACGCUAUCGAGCAGACGCAGUUAUGGAGACAACAUCGCGUCGAUGGCGUCGGGCGCCUGAAAUUUGAUUUCCACACAGGUCGCCACGGGCAAGAACCACGCCGCCGUCUUUUCCAACUCCGAGGAGCUCGAACGGAAGGCCGUCGUCGCGGGCAGGCGGACGGGCGACCUCGUGCACCCGCUGCCAUUUGCUCCGGAGUUUUAUAGAAGUGAAUUUGCUUCCAAAGUGGCCGACUCGAAGAACUCGGUGAAGGACCGCAUGAACGCGCAGUCGUCGUGCGCCGCGAACUUUAUCUAUGAGAACCUCUGGGAGGGCUGGGACGGCGAGUGGCUGCACGUCGACCUCGCGGGGCCCGCGACGGACAACGAGCGGGGCACGGGCUUCGGCGUGGCGCUCGCGUUGGGGCUGUUCGGGGUCGAGGGCUUUAAGUAA